CUCCGGGACUUGAGCUUGAACAGCACGGCAGAGGCUGCGCAACGAGCUCAUAUACGAUACACGCGAGCGAUUACAAGUGCUCUGCAAGCAGCGGACCGCUGGAGCCGAACGCCAACGCCUCGGGCUCAACAAAGCAGCUAGCGACAGCAUGCGCCUCGCCAUAGCCUUGCUCCUAAGCGCCGCGACGGCCUACACGCCGCCGCGGCCACCUAGACGAUCCCCGCGCUCCCCAGGAGGCAACAACAAGCCACCUAGUCGAAAGCGCGAGAUCAUAGUAGAACCUCUAGAAUCGUGGGGCGCCUUCGACGCCGGCAAGCACCGCAUGGGCGUGAGUACCGUGUCCUGGGGUAAUCCGGACAACGGUUUUGUAAGGAAGAAGAAGUUGCGAGGUGGAGAACGCUUCAGCCAAAAAGACUGCCGACUCGCGUACCAGGAGCUCAUGAAAAAUGACGUCAAAACGUUCGCCAUCCCGGGCGGGCAGGCCGCAAAUGAUUGCUUCGGCAAGGCCGUGAAGAAGGCCAAAGUUUUUGACCCUCCGAAGGUUGUUACUUAUUGCGCUCCUUCGCUGAAAGCGCGCUACUUCGGCAAAGAGGAAAAUAGAAAAAGAUAUGGGUACGCUUCGGUCGCUACGUCCGUGAAUGAUGUUUUGGAGGUCCUUGGGAGUGCUUAUGUGGAUGCUUGUCUCGUUGGCGGGGCUCUACCGGGGUCGAGCUGCCCCGCGCCUCCGCGCGCUAGUAAUUCGAUAGAGUCCGUGGGCGUCCAGAACGUCCAGGGUGGGUCGGCUUUGCGCAAGGCGCAUCGAGCUUUUGAGAGGAAAGGUCUACAACUGAAGGCGUGCUACGUCGACUUUUCACUCGUGGACAAUUUGGCCAUGCGGGACGGCACGCUGGAGGCGGCCAAGGAGCUCGACAUUACGGUAUUAGCGCGGUCGCCUUUGUGUGCUGGUCUAGGGAGUGGCGAGAUCACGGAGCGCAACCCGACCGGCGGUUCGACAGUCGGCGCGUCCCCGAAGUGGCGGCCGCGGGCCCUGCGGCAAUUAGCACCCUUACACGACGCCAUCGAGCAGGUCUGCGGCAUGGUGCAGGCGCGGCGGGCCGACGACGAGCGGUCGAUGGCCCAGCGGCAGAAUAGGGACGCCGGAAAAGUAGAAAAGAUCCUACCCGUGCAAGUAGCUUUGCAGUGGGUCCGCGCGAAGGGCGCGGUACCUCUGCCCGCGGUCAAAAAUCAGAAGCACGCCCAGGCGAUCAUCGGGUGCCAGGGCUGGGCGCUCGAGGAAAACGAGGUCGCGGUGCUCGACGCGGCGCUGCCUCGGUCGGUGCCAAAGUUCGCGCGGCUGCGCUAA